AUGCCUGCUAAGGACUCUCCGAGUCCGCACACGGUAAUUAAUGUCCUCGGCCCGUCAGGCACUGACCCUUUGAAGUCCUUGUCUCUUGCCAACUACUCCCAGAAUGUCCUCUCCUUCCACCAUAUCGCGUACACCGUUCGCCGCCGCGGGUCCAGCGCGUUUUCGCGGCGCUCUCGCCCCAGCGUGGAGUCGAAUUCGUCCAAGACCGCCUCCGCCGCGUUUGGGGAGCGCCUCGACGCUGCGGAGAACGGAAAGUCGACGCAGGCUUAUCGCUGCAUUCUCAACGACAUAUCGGGCUUCGCACGGUCCAGCGAGGUGACCGCAAUCGUCGGGCCGUCGGGCUCGGGGAAGACGACGCUGCUCGACGUUCUUGCGCACCGCAUCGCCGCCGCUGCCGCCACCGCCGGCUCCAGUGGCGCGCAGCAGACUUCUCCUUGCGCCGGUGCCGCCACCGCCGCCGCCGCCGGAGGCGGGCGGACAGGGCACAUCGAGCUUGACGGCGUGCCGAUGACGAGUAAUAUGAUGCGGCGCGUGUCGGCGUACGUGAUGCAGGACGAUCUGAUGCAUCCGACGCUCACGGCGCGCGAGACGCUGAUGUUUUCGGCGGAAAUGAAUCUACCAAGUAGGAUGUUCUCGCGCCGGGAGAAAGAGGCGCGCGUGGAGCGACUCCUCGAAAUCCUCGGGCUGUCGCACGUCGCCAACACCAUCAUCGGCGACGAAAACAGAAGAGGCGUGUCCGGCGGCGAGCGCAAGCGCGUGGCUAUCGGCGCGCACAUCGUGCACGACCCGAAGAUCCUAUUCCUUGACGAGCCCACGUCCGGCCUCGACUCCACGAACGCGUGCCGCGUCGUCAACAUCUUGCACGACAUCGCCGUGCAGUCGCACAGCAUCGUCGUCAUGGUGCUGCACCAGCCGUCGUUUCGCAUCCUCGAGCUCGUCGACCGCAUCAUGCUGCUCUCUGCGGGCAACGCCGUGUUCUUCGGCCCGCCGCGCCGCAUGCCCGCGUUCUUCGCGGAGUUUGGGCGGCCCGUGCCGCAAUUCGCGAAUCCGACGGAGUACGCGCUCGAGCUGAUCGACAGGCUCCGCGCGACGCCGACGGGAUUGGAGGAGCUCCACGCGUUCGCGCAGGAGUGGCUUCGCGGAAAGUGUCUUGCUAUCGCAGAGGCUAACGAGGAUGUCGCCUUGGGGGCGGGGUCUGACGGCGCGGAGCGCGCGUGCGAUGGCUCGAAGAACGACGAAGCUUGCGAAAGCGGCGACACUCGCGAGAGCAGCGGGAGUAACGACAGCAACUCUGCGUUACUUUCAGCUGCCACAGCAGACACGGCGACGAGCCGCGCGGUGCCGCCGCGACCUCCGGCAGCGGCAAUACCAGAGGAAGUCUUGGCGAUCGAUAGCGACGCCAGUGGCGAUACCGACGGAUCGGCUCCGGAUAAACCGGUAGCGGCGGAUGCGGAUGCCGCGCCUCCGUCAAAGGCGUCGUCGAGGGUUGUUUCCGCGCCGCCGUCCCGCUGGACGUCGGUUUUCAAGACGGAGCGUAGGCAGAGGCAGGAGGAGCAAUUAAAGAAAAAGCAGCAGCAGUGCGUGGUAGAGAGUAAUUACAAGGGAACGAGGCGGUAUGCGAAUAGCUGGCUGCGCGAGCUUUGGAUCUUGCUCCGCCGCGCCGCGCUGAUUAUCAUGCGCAACCCCGCGCUGUACGGCUUGCGCCUGGGGCUGCUCACUGUCGCGGGUCUGCUGCUCUCGUCGCUCUUCUGGCAACCGCCGCACACGCCCAAGGGUUUGUGGGAGCGGUUGGCGUACCUGUCAUUUAUUGUGGCUGUGCUGUUCUUCUGCUCCGCUGAUGCCACCCCCAUCUUCAUUGAGGACCGGCACAUAUUUAUUCGCGAGACGUCGCACAACACGUACCGCACGUCGACAUACGUGGUGGCGCACGCGCUCGUGUACAUGCCGCUGCAGAUCCUCAUGGCGCUCGUCAUCACGCUCGAGUCCUGGUGGUGCGUCGGCCUCUCGGGUGGCGCCAGCGGGUUCUUCUUCAUGGCGCUGCUCUGCUUCCUCUGCCUCUUCACUGGGAACGCCAUCUCUACUUUCUGCAGCGCCUUCUUUAGCAGCAUCAUCCUGGCGUACGCGGUGGUGAUCAGCAGCAUGGCGUAUUUCACCAUCAUCAGCGGCUUCUACAUCCCGCGCACCUCCAUCCCGCCCUUCUGGAUCUGGCUGCACUACCUCUCGCCCAUCAAAUACGCAUAUGAGGCCAUGGUGCUCAACGAGUUUAAUAGGGAGGACACGGCGUGCUACUUCCGGCUGAACCAGAUGGAGAACGUGGCAGCGAUCCGCUCCUACGUCAACGUCACGCGCGCCGAGGCCGCCCUAGAUGUCUUCCUGCCGGGAGUCCUCAUGCCGGGCGUGCGCAUCACAGAGGACAGCUGCCUGCUGCACGGCGAGCGCAUCUACAGCGACCUGCUGGACAUCUCCCAGCUCACCAAGUGGCAGUGCCUCGCCGUGCUGUUCAGCAUGGCGCUGGCGGUCCGGUUUGCGUAUUUCUGCGUGCUCGUCGGGAUUUACAAGUCCAAGAGGAAGUAG